AGCAGCCUGACAACGUACGUCUUUAAACGCGGUCCCGGACUCGUCGAUUGUGUUAAAAAAAUGCUAAUCUUACGGUCAUUUCCAAAUUCUGCACCUCGUAAGCCCUCAUUCUGUGUCAAAUGGUUUGUUCUUUUCUUUUUAUUUCAUCUGGCCAAGCAAGACGAAGUGGACGAUCCUUCCAAUUUUUUAAGAAUGAUACCCGAUACAGAGUGGCAGGUGAUUGAGCCUGGUUCAUCGCUGACGCUGACUUGCAUCUCCAAAGAAAGGAUCUCGUCGUGGUGGCUACCGGGUAAUUUCAACAACAAACGGAGAUUCAAUUCCAUCCGUGUGCGCAAAACGUUUGACAAGAACGAAACGCAUUUUUUUUCGACAUUGACUCUCAGAAACGCAACAACCGCAGACAUGGGCAGCUACGGUUGUACUUUGCUUAAGAGAUCAUGGGAUCGAACAAUCAGAAAGCAAUACGUCUACGUUUCCACUGACAGAGAUCUCGUGUUCCUCGACCGAAACUCCUGGAGCAUCAAUUACGGAUUCCAUUUGGGUGUACUUAUUUUAGAUGUUCCACAACAUCGCCCCGGAGUUAUUCCCUGCCUGCCUACCCACCCCAACGUCACUAUUUCGCUUGUACACCAGCCCAACAUAAUCAACGACCCUGAAUUCGAAAAGAAGAAUAUUACAAUUUCGAUACCCAAUUCCAGAUGGUCGUUCGAUCCAGAACGUGGAUUAACGCUAAAUAACUCAAAGCUGAGCGACAACGGAGAGUAUUUUUGUGUGGCAUCAAAGGGCAAUGUCACGCGAAGGAAAAUGUUUGCAAUUAAUGUCAUGGGAAUAGAGCUGGAAAGAAUGGGCGAUCCUAGUGAUCCGCGUGAAGGCGAAAACGUUACAUUGGUCUGUAGUUACAUUGGCAAGAGCUCCGCUUCGCUGGAUUGGUUCUUCCCAAACAGUAGUACUGGGAAAAUGCAAAUUAUAAAUGAAAACAACCAUCCGAAAGGCUUUGAAAUAGCGACGCAUUCGAGAAGUACGGGCAGGUUUUAUGUUGGUUUUCACACGCAAAGUUAUUUGCGUAUCGUCGGAAUUCAUCUGAACACGCCUUCAGCUUUUCAAUGCCAAAGCAAAUUUAGGGGCUAUUUCAAAUCAAUUUCAUUUCGAAUUUUGGAAGCCAUCAGCGAUCCCGUGGACAAUUUGGUCACAAUAGAAAAAAAUGCAGCUCAGAAUCUAACUUGCAGACGGCCGCCAAUCAGCGAUCACAUCCGAUGGCUCAAGGACGGACAAUCAUUCGAUUCGGAUCAAAUACUUUUGACACGCAAUUUCUCCAUAGUGCCGCUUAAAGGAGCUCGGGAAGAAAUCGGUACGUACACGUGUCAAUGGGAAAACAGCAUAGGGGAAGUGAAACAUAGGAAUUUCACCGUGGUGUUCAAUGACACGGCGACGGAAAACAUGGACAAGACUAUCAUCCCCUUAUCUGUUAUUUUGCCAGUUUUAUUUCUGAUUGGAGUUGGGAUCGGCAUUAAACUCUGUUUGGAUCGGAAGAAAAAAUCUUUUGUGGUUGCAGAAGAAUUAAUGAGGGGAAAGACCAAUGAAAUCAAUGAAGACAUUCCCAAGGAAUAUCAAAUUGAAUAUUUACCCUACGACAGACAAUGGGAAUUUCCGAGACAUCGGCUCAAACUGGGGGAUCAACUGGGAGUUGGAUGUUUCGGUCGGGUCGUGAAAGCAGAAGCUGUUGGACUAAAAGACUCGGAUGAAACUGUUAAAACGGUGGCAGUUAAAAUGGUUCGAUCCGCAACAAACGAUGCCGAAAUGGAAGCUCUAAUCAGAGAGUUGAAAAUCUUGAUCUACCUUGGAUCGCACUUUAAUGUUGUCAAUUUACUGGGAGCCUGCACGAAAAGAGCAUCCAGAGGAGAACUUUUGAUCAUCAUCGAUUAUUGUCGAUUCGGAAAUUUGCAAACCUAUUUGAUGAACAACCGGGACAAUUUUAUCAAUCAAGUGGACAAAUAUGGUCAGCUGAAUAGCGAAAAAUUAAAAGAGGCUAAAAACGAAAUGAAAGUCCAAUCGACGAAUCUGCCAGAUUGCACUUUAUCCGACAAAAACAAAACCGCAAGGACAUCAAUUUCAUUUAAAUCCAUCUCUGACCGAUUGUACCCGUCACCGCCUUUCUCGCAACAACAACAAGAUCCAAAUUCUAUCUCCAUCUCCACAAGGGACUUGAUCUCCUGGUCUUACCAAAUAGUUCGAGGAAUGGAUUAUUUGGCCAGCAAAAAGGUCAUCCACGGAGAUUUAGCUGCUCGUAAUAUUCUGUUGGCCGACAACGGAGUGGUCAAAGUAUCGGAUUUCGGUAUGGCCAAGAAAAUGUACUACAAAAGCAAUUAUGUGAAAAAAGGCCAGUACCUGAUGCCAGUCAAAUGGAUGGCCAUCGAAACGCUGACGGAUAAUAUUUUUUCAACUCAAUCGGACGUUUGGUCGUACGGUGUUCUUCUCUGGGAACUGUUUUCGCUUGGCGAAGUGCCAUACCCAGGAAUGGAUGUUGCCCACGUCCUCGUGAAGGAAAUCCGGAAAGGAUAUCGCAUGGAAAAACCUGAUUUCGCACCGAGUUUUUUUGGAAAGAUAAUGGCAGAUUGUUGGAAAACGAAACGCAACGAGAGACCAACAUUUGGUCAAUUAGACGAAUUGAUAGUCGGACAGUUGGAGUCGUCUGUCACCUCUAGCUAUUUAAAUAUGAACAAUCAAUGCGGAAAACUUGACGAAGAAAACGGUACACCAACCAACCACAAUGUGCUGGUGGAGAGUGUGGACAGGGAUAGUAUGGCUUAGUAUGGUUGAUUGCAAACUAACAAUGGAAAAUGUCUUUGGUCAAGGAAUCACAUCCAUGUGCCCCCUGAAUUGUUGAACCCAAAAUUGCUCUGCCCAUACUGAAAACCACUCUAUCACAUUUUAACGUUUACUUGCUUUACUUCUUCUUUCUUGAUAAUUUAUGACUUGAUAAGUUCUUGUUCUCCUAAAAUAUCUACGCCAUCCAACGAAAAAACUCUGACAAUCUAAAGUGGGGGGAGGAAAAACAAGUUGUUCUGACUGCCUGUGAAAGACAUGCUCUGCUUGACAGCCGUUCCUUUCGUUUCUGUGUUGUUUAGCCAUCGGUCAAAUGAAAAUAUCACAGGAAAAGAACCUUA